UCUACCUCCGUAAAAGUUGUAUUUAUUUUGGGACUUGGAUGUGACGUUUUUAUCGUAUGUAAUGAAACUAUGGUAGUUAUGUUUUAAUGUUCAAUAACAAUAAUAACAAUGCCAAUCUUCGACGAUAGUUUUUCAAUGAUUUGUGUUAAUCAUUGUUGACGAUUGUUGGGUUUCUAUGGCCAAACAUUAUUUCAUAUCAUUCCUGUCGAUGUCCUGAUCGAAUUUUACCAGUGACCACGUCCUCCAAAUAUUAUAAUAUUUCAGUGCUUACAAUAUUGAAGUUGUGACUGUUGACCAAACACGCAUUUAAGAUUGGAUAUUAUCUUAGUUGUGUUCAAUCUGUCCAAAAAUGGCAAAAGUGGCUGAAAUUAUACCACCAUACGAAAGAUUUACUUCCCUGGCAGAUUGUAUUACCUAUGCAAAAUUUGAAAAUUUUGGGUGGCAGACUUUGUACAAAAGUUAUAUGUCAAAUGUUAUGAGAGUAAUCAAUAUUUAUAGCAAUAUAAGCCGUUUAUAUGCGGUUAUCAAACUUGAUUUAAGAGUUAAUAUCCUAGAUGAUGCUCUUAUAACACUACAAGUUGAAGACAUAUUAAUCCAAUCUCCUGACGCUAUACAAUUGACUAAAAAUUUAAAAGAUAUUAUACCAGAUGCUGACCCUAUUUACUUGGAUCUAGUUGGAGAAUAUUAUGCAAAUGAUGAUAAUAAACUAUACGAAUUCAUUGGGCAAAUCACUACAAAAAAAAAAAGCUAUCCUAGACUUCAAGAGUACAAUGAACGCGUUAAUCAUUUGGCGAUAAUGAGGAGUUUGAAAGAGAAUUUCACAGUUCAAGAGUUUUUAAAAAUGUGCCCUGAUCCAGUUAAUUACUUCAAAAAUGUUAAAUUGAAUUCAAUUACUGAACAUUAUAAUGAAUCAAUGUCUUAUUUAAGUGACAGGUUUAAUCUUGUUUCAUUGGCCAAGCUACGUGGUGAAUUGCUUAAAUAUAGUUUCAAUUUAUCAAAUGCUGUUGAAUCCUUAGUAGCUGAUCCUAAACCUGUUUAUUUAAAAAAUAAAAGAAAAUCAUAUGGUAAUUAUUAUCAAAUCAAUCAUAAAACAACAGAAAAUAUUGAAUUUUUAAAAGAAAUAGCAUACCUUGAUCAUAAAGAUGAAAUUCUGAAUCAUAUUGAGUCUGUAAAAACUGUACAUAGAAUUCAAGUUGAACAAGCGAAGUCUAUUGGCAAUCUAUACACUUGUGGAUGCUGUUUUGAUAAUGAAUUAUUAACUACUGAAGUGUUUUCUUGUCCAACUGGACAUAAAUUUUGUUCAUCUUGUAUAAAAAAAGGUACAGAAGUUGCAGUUGGUGGAAGUAAGGUGGAUAUUAAAUGCUUUGCUGAUUGUGGUGAAGAAUUUAAUCUAUCAAUGAUAAAAAGUAUUGUUGAUGACAAACUAUAUCAACGUAUAAUGAGAUUGAAGCAAGCACAAGAAAUUAAAGCAGCCGAUAUUGAAGGACUUGAAACAUGUGCAUUUUGUGAUUAUUCUGUUAUUUUAUCUCCUGAUCUCAAAAUUAUUAACUGUUUGAAUCCUGAAUGCAAAAAAGAAACUUGCAGAGAAUGUAGAGAAGAAAGUCAUUUUCCAUACAGAUGUGAUCAAAUAGAAAAAGCUCCAGAAGUACAAGUUAGAACCAUGAUUGAAAACAAAAUGACUGAAGUUCUCAUAAGAAUUUGUUAUUAUUGUAAACGUAAGUUUGUCAAAGAAGACGGAUGCAACAAAAUGACUUGCAGUUGUGGUAAACAAAUGUGUUACAUAUGUAGACAGCCAGUUGACUCUAAUUAUACUCAUUUUUACCACCAAACAGUGAUGGAAAAUAAGUGCCCGUUAUACACAGAUGAAAAUAUUGUACAUGCUACUGCAGUAGAAGCAGCUGCUAGAUUAAUAAUAAAUGAACUGAAAAUGAAAAAACCUGAAUUAUUAAGGAAUAUUGAUAUCAACAAGAUUUUGCCGGCAUUAAAAAAAUCAAAUAACUUUCCAGCUAAUCAGGAGUCUGCUUUAGAUAUAAAUAAAGUGGUCGCUACAGUUAUUGGUCAAAAUGUAGAAGAUAUUAAUAAUCUCAAAGAAAUGAGAUCAUUGGAACCUCAAGUUAAAAAACCAAAAUAUUGAAUUAGUUAGAUCAGCAGAUGUGUAAAUUGUAAAUGUUUAUAAAUUUUACUGAUCAUA